AUGCUGCUUUACAUUGGCGCAGUGUUCUGCGUGGUCACUAUCGCCCAUGUCGUCCCACCUCAUCACGUGGACUUCCCCCCCACCGCCAAUUUUGCGCAUUUGUUCAACCCCCGGAGCGCCGACUUUCAGCGGAACGUUAGUAUUGUCGGACUGUCUGCCUCUACUUCCGCGAACCGACCUUUCAUCGAUUACAACUUCAAUCUGACCGCAGGUCCCUUUGCCCCCGCCGCCUAUUGUCACGCCUCCAUCUCUACACCUGAAGCCAACAACCUUCUUACCACAGACUGGAUUCAGUGUGAUCUGCCGCCGUUGGACUCAACCGACACCAAGUGGAAAGAUAAGGCCACUCGGACUUCCUACAGUCAACAUCAAGGGGCAAGCAAAGUCGGCAAAGCAGAUGCUGCAAGCAGAAGCGAAGUUACCCGAGCCUCAACAGCCUUCCGAUGGACCCAGAACCCUGAAGGAAGCGCCACUCUCGAUAUUGACUCAAACGUCACGGUUGCCAGGGACGGCGACGGCAACAGCAGAGGCGUCAUCAUCCGGCAGCAGGCUGCCUACGACAUCCCGGCCGAGGAUAUUGUUGGCCACGCUGAGUAUCGGGGACCACAGGAGGUGAGUGCUCGGGUACAGAAGAUGGAAAUCUGUGACGAUGUCGAUGGAAUCAAGACUUGCAACGAGAUUGGCAAUGCUGCAUAG